AUGGCGCCUGCAGAGGGGAGCGUUCGGAAGGUCAUGAUCAUCGGCGGAGUGUCCAACAACAUCCAGUGCAUCAGAACUACAAGUGCAACGCGCAUUGCCGAUGCACUUCGGGAGUCGGACAGCGCGAGCCUCGGCGAGUCCAGUGCUUCAUCUUGUACUCGGCUCGCGCACGCGGACAGGCGCAGGUCGAACUUGGCGGCGGAGAGAAUGUUGAUACCUCAGCGGCCCGGCCAAUGGAACAUGCUUGCUCUAUUCUGCGAGGUGCACUUGACGGCCAGCAUUCACAAGACGACCUUGCAGCCGUUGGAGUCCGCAGUGAAAGGAGUCCUCAAUCUAGCACUUGCGCUUCGAGGUGCAGGCCAGAUGUCAGAAUUCAAGCAGUGUCUCGCAGAGAUCCUCGAGGCCCGCAUGGAGCUGCGGGCGGGGCACGCCAGUGCCGAGGCGGAACUUUACGUCAGGAUCGCUCUUCGCUGCUUCGUGCCAGGAUCGGGCAAUUCAUCCCAGAGGCGGCUCAUAUUGUACACCAUGCCAGCUGGAGAGUGGAGAGGAGACCGAAUCGGGUGCUAUGUGGACUCUGCAGAUGCUGCCGCUGAUGUGCAAAACAAGAAGCUCAUCGCCGACGCCUUGACACAGAUGCUUUGCAGCAGGAGGUUCAAGAUCUGGCGGCGGGACAAAUGGACGGGCUGCGAGGAGGCCAUAUGCCAGCAGGGCCUUGUCGCAUCGUGCGGGAACGCUUUGGGGCCCGCCUUCGAGCUGCGGUUGUUUUUGCUCAUCGGCAACCGCGGGCUGGCGAGUGAGAUCUCCAGUGCACCGCCCUGCGUCAUGGAUGAGUUCUCGGCCAACUUCGUUCAGAACAACGACCUCACUACAGAUGGUGGUAUCUCGCUCGCUGUUGAUCGCCUUAUCCUUCACGCUCUUCUGGCAUAUACAGAUACCACUCGGGUGGAGGUUGGGCAUAGCCACUACCGCAGGCUAAUCUACAGCAGAGUUCAGACCACGCAGAUCGACUUGAAUGGCUUAUCGACACUCUGGAUGAGUAAAGUCUUUGAGGAAGCCAAUGUGGUUCUGGACCACUCGGGCGCAGCUGCUGCCGACGAUCUUCCAGGAAUGCGAGCGGACGGAGACGUGACGGAGCGAACGUAUUCUGGCGGCCCUUGGAGGCUCUUCAUACGCAGAGAGAAGUUGUCCGAUUUCCGCGCCGCUGGCGAACGGUACAGAGCGUUGAGCCCUGAAGAGAAAGCGGAGUUGGUAGAUGAGGGGCGGCGUGCUACUCAGCGGGCCCGCGAAGGCAUUCCGAGCAGAGAGACGGCCUUCGGACCUCGGUCGAGGGAUGUGGCCAAAGUUGUGAGGGACCGCAACUUUGGAAGCCGCCUGGCUCUACUUCGGGGCCUCGACGCGGAUGCCACGGCAGACAUACUAAUGCAGGAUGCCGUCGCUUCUGGGCAAGGCCCCGACGCCUUGUCCGCGCUGUCGCGGCGGCUUGACCGAGAGCGGCAUCGACGUGGCCGAGAUGGGGAGGAGGCGAACCUACGACAGAUUGCAGAGUACGGCGUGGAAGCAACGCCGACCGCAUUGAAGGAUAUCUUGGAAUGCCAGCCGUGCCUCGCGUCUUCCUCCGAGGCGCUCGUCGCGGCGCAGUGCGUGCAAGGUGUGCCAGUUUUGGAGGUGUCGGCCGCGCGCGUGGCCACCCGCGCUGGCACGGUGCACGAUUGGGCCAAAGUGCAGCCCAACAGCCGAUGCAAUCUGUUGACGUCCCUCGACAAGGUGUGGCAGCAUCAAAACUUUCUUCUCCGCGGCGGCCCUCGGCCUGCAGUGGGCGAUGACGACGUGGACGACCAGGAGCCAGAAGUGCCCAAGUGUUACAAAUGCGGUGUUUGCUUGUGCGAUUCCAGAGGGCGUUUACUAUGGAAUGUCAGGAACAAGCUGUACCGCAUUCUCAAGGAGACCUUCCCUGCCAAAUCAACGGAUAGGGUUGAACUUGCUGAUGGCUUCAUCUUCAUGCGCCUUGUUGGGCCCCCCGUGGGCUCCGGGGCCGACGUGGCCUUGUGGGGGCAAGAGGAGCGAUGGUACCAUGUCAGUGUUCUGUUGCUCAGCCCGCACGUCCCAGAGUUCCAGCUGAUGGAGUUAGUCGAGGACGAGGAUCAGCAGGCAGCUUCAG